ACGUCGAACGGAAAUUUGCAGCAACGAUUCUUUCUAGAAGUCUGUAGCAGUCUCCCGCUAGCUCAGGCUAGGUAGCUUUAUUUGAGUUAGAGUUGGCCAAACACAGCCAGUCGCUGCACUGAACGCAACUAUACAUUUCUGAAAAGUGUACCCAUCUCUUAUUAUAUGCUUUUUUGAUAAAACAAAAUCCGAGUGAGCUUCGUUUAACCCUCGAACGUAGCCGAGUCAUAUUCUAAGCUAACGCUGUUUGCGUUGGUUCUCGCUGGCAUCAUGUCCAGGAUAGACUACAGCGUGUGGGACCACAUUGAGGUGUCCGAUGAUGAAGAUGACACCCACCCAAACAUCGACACACCCAGCCUAUUUAGAUGGAGACACCAGGCACGUGUGGAGCGGAUGGAAGAAUUUCAGAAAAAAGGCGAAGAACUAAGCAAGUUACUCAGUGAGUGUCGGCGCAAGCUAUCAGAGGCACAGAAGAAAGUACAAGAGCUGAGCAUCUCAGCAACAGAUGAUGCCAAAGCAGAGCUGAGCAAAGCCCAGGCUGAGGAGAAGAAACUGAAAAAAGAGGAACGGGAGUGGGAGAAGAAGUUGGAGGAACACAAUCGGGAAGAGAAAAGGAUGCCAUGGAAUGUGGACACACUCAGCAAAGAUGGUUUCAGCAAGAGCAUUGUUAAUGUCAAACCUGAUUCUAAAGAAGAGACUGAAGAAGAGAAAGAGCAAAAGCAUAAAACCUUUGUGGAGAAAUAUGAGAAGCAGAUCAAACAUUUUGGCAUGUUGCGGCGUUGGGAUGACAGCCAGAAGUACCUCUCUGACAACCCUCAUCUAGUAUGUGAAGAGACCGCCAACUAUCUGGUCAUCAUGUGCAUUGACCUUGAAGUUGAGGAGAAACAUGCAUUGAUGGAGCAAGUGGCUCAUCAGACCAUCGUCAUGCAGUUCAUUCUAGAGCUGGCCAAAAGUCUCAAGGUGGAUCCCCGUGGGUGCUUUCGUCAAUUCUUCUCCAAGAUUAAGACAGCAGAUCAGCAGUACCAGGAAGCUUUCAAUGAUGAGCUGGAAUCAUUUAAGGAACGGGUUCGUGGCAGGGCGAAGAUCCGCAUAGAAAAGGCCAUGAGGGAGUAUGAGGAAGAGGAACGACAAAAGCGCAUGGGACCAGGAGGGCUAGAUCCUGUUGAGGUGUACGAAUCCCUGCCACUGGAGAUGCAGAAGUGCUUUGAUGAGAAGGACAUCCAAAUGUUACAAGAUGUUAUUAGCAAAAUGGACCCAACGGAGGCAAAGGCUCACAUGAAGAGGUGCAUAGACUCUGGGCUCUGGGUCCCCAACUCCAAGACAGAUGAUGGUGAUGAAAAAGAGGAAGAUGCUACCUAUGAGGAGGUGAAACAGGAGCAGGAAGAAACCAAGAAGGAAUGACCAAUGUUGAUCUGAUUUGUUGCUUGUGCAAAUGUACUUACCCACUGUAUUGCAACUCCACCAUGUGUAUGACUAGUUUGCCAAUCAAGGAACGAUGAAAUAACUUCUCUAAAAUAUUUAGCCGAGACUUGGGAUUAGCAUUCACUGAAGUACACAACUACAUUGCAUCAGUUACUCCUGCUUGGAAAAUAAACUGCUGCUUGUGUUUAGGUCUUUAAUUGGUUUGGACAUCACUGAAGUUGUAUUCUUACAUGUAUUUGUAUACACCUGUUGAUUUGUGGGGGUGUGUAUGUGCACACAUACCUGUUUGCUUCAAUUGUGUUGGUGCAUAGUUGAAAAGUGUUAGAUACAUUUUCAGGUUGUGCAUAUAAUUUGUUUUGUUUCGUUUUGUUUUAAUUUCCAAAUUUAACAUUUUUUCUUUGACUUUCAAGCCUUGAACAAUGUAUUGCGAUGAUUCUUUACCCAGGGUGACAUUUGCUACAAACUUGCUUAACUAAAGGUUGAAUUAUAUCCAGCUACUCAA